AUGACUACUGUUGAAAAGAUUAAAGCUAUAGAAGAUGAGAUGGCCAAAACUCAGAAGAAUAAGGCUACCUCAUUCCAUUUGGGACAACUCAAAGCCAAAUUGGCCAAACUUAGAAGAGAAAUAUUAUCCGAUAGUGCCUCCAGUGGUGGAGGUGGCGGUCAAGGAUUCGAUGUUGCACGUACUGGUGUGGCAACAGUGGGCUUCGUGGGUUUCCCCUCUGUCGGAAAGUCGACACUUUUGUCCAAACUUACAGGGACGCAUUCGGAAGCUGCUGCGUAUGAAUUUACGACGCUCACAACUGUCCCUGGUGUUAUCAAGUACAAGGGUGCCAAAAUUCAAAUGUUGGAUUUACCAGGUAUUAUUGAAGGGGCGAAGGAUGGCAAAGGUCGAGGAAAGCAGGUCAUCGCAGUUGCACGGUCGGUGAAUCUUUUAUUUUUGGUGCUCGAUGUGAAUAAACCAUUACAUCAUAAACAAAUAAUUGAGAAAGAGUUGGAAGGAGUGGGAAUAAGGAUCAACAAAGAACCUCCGAACAUUGUGAUCAAUAAAAAGGAAAAGGGCGGUAUCAAUAUUACAACCACGGCUCCUUUGACCCAUCUAGAUAACGAUGAGAUCAAAGCUGUGAUGGCUGAAUACAAGAUAAACUCUGCAAACAUUGCCUUCAGAUGUGAUGCAACAGUGGACGACCUUAUUGAUACGAUAGAGGCGAAGUCACGCAGGUAUAUUCCUGCCAUUUACGUCUUAAACAAGAUAGACUCAUUCUCAAUCGAGGAGCUCGACUUAUUGUAUAAGAUCCCAAAUGCUGUACCUAUACUGUCCGGCAGUGGUUGGAAUUUGGAUGAUCUUCUUGAAAUGAUGUGGAAUCGUUUGAAACUUGUGCGCGUCUACACGAAGCCAAAGGGAAAGCUUCCUGACUUCAAUGAGCCUGUCGUUUUGCGAAACGAUCGGUGCAGCGUAGAGGACUUUUGUAACUCGAUUCACAAGUCAUUGGUUGAAGAUUUUAAAAAUGCUGUUGUUUACGGUACAUCCGUAAAACAUCAGCCCCAAAUUGUGGGAUUAACGCAUCCCUUGCAGGACGAAGACGUUAUAACAAUUCUCAAAAGGUAG